AUGUGGUCGUUAAUUUUCUUAUUUAUUUUUUCUGUGUCAGCGGAGGAUUCAAAGACUGUAAAGUUGGAUUCAGGAUGGGUGGUGGGAAAUAAGUACUGGAAUGGUGAUUAUUAUGAAUUCUAUGGAAUCCCAUACGCAACUGCCCCAACUGGUAGAGAUCGGUUUAAGGCUCCCUUGCCUGUAACACCUUGGGAAGAUGUACUUGCUGCCAGUGACACUAAUAAGCGUUGUAAGCAGUGCUAUUACACUGAUGCUUCUGACGAAGACGUUGUACUUGAUGGAGACGAGGACUGCCUCGUUAUAAACGUCAUCACUCCAACAAUAGCUAGUGAAACGAAUCCGGUACCUGUUCUAGUUUACAUUCACAGUGGGGCAUUCGCAGGUGGUACUGGAAAUAUGGCCAAGUUCACUUAUUUAGCAAGGCACGAUAUCAUUGUUGUAAGCUUCAAUUACAGAGUGGGAGCUUUAGGUUUUGCCUGUUUAGGUAAUGAGGAUAUACCUGGAAAUGCUGCAUUAAAAGAUCAAGUGGCAGCUUUGCGUUGGAUAAAAGCGAACAUACAUAAGUUUGGAGGAGAUCCAGAUAAGAUAACUUUAGCAGGAUUCAGUGUGGGUGCAUCUAUGGCUGAACUUCUUGCGCUGUCAAAGGCUGCGGAUGGAUUAAUAAAUCGAUUAAUAUUAGAAAGUGGUAGUGCGCUUGCCCCUUUUACAAUAAACCGAGAUCCAGUCAGUACUGCAUGGAAUAUAGCACAGGCAAUGGGUUACAAUGGCGCUGCGAAUAUAGACGAGUUAACUGAAUUUUAUCUUACUGCUAAUAUAAAAGAUUUAGCACUUAAAAGUUUAAACUAUUUCCUACCAAACAGCACAUUUGGUUUUGCGCCGUGCAUUGAAAGAGACCAAGGGCUUGAACGGAUUGUAACUGAAUCACCUUUAGAUACUUUAAAAAAAGGAGACUUCAAGAAAAUACCAGUUUUAACUGGUUUCUCUAAUAUGGAAGGUUUGAGUCGAUCAAUUAAGUUUGGAACAUGGAGAGAAGAAAUGAAUGAAAACUUUUCUGAUUUCUUACCAGCUGAUUUAAAAUUUAAGACUGAGGAUGACAAAAAUGAAGUCAUAAAAGAAGUUAAAAAGUAUUACUUUCAUGACAAGGUAAUUAAUCGCGAAAGUCUUCAGAACUAUAUAGAUUACUUUUCAGAUAUUAUGUUCAAGUAUUCUAUAAUGAAGUCAGCUCAACUACACUCUUCUAUAUCUAAUAACCCUGUAUAUUUAUAUGAAUUUUCAUAUGUUGGAAAACUAAAUAUUCAACAUAAUUAUAUGGAUCGAAUAAAAGGUGCGAGUCAUAGAGAUCAAACUGCGUAUAUCUUAGAUUUUUACGGUUUUACAAAUAAUUACAAAGACUUAACAACAAGAGAUAGAAUGACAACAAUGUGGACCGACUUCGCUCAAUAUGGGAAUCCUACUGAAUAUGAAAGCGCACUACUUACUGUGAAGUGGCCAUGUUACACGAAAAAAUCACCAAUGUAUUUAGAGAUCAACAAAAAUUUGCAAGUGAAAAAAGGACUUUUUACUAAUGGAUUUAAGUUUUGGGACCAAAUUUAUAGUAAAUAUCAUUGGGAUCCUCAACCAGUAAAUCCAGAAAUAAUAAAGAAAGAGAGUAACAAUGAUUAUAAAACAGCGGAUAAGAAAGAAAAACAAGUGAUUUCUGAUAACAUUGAAAACACAACAGAUAAUUCAAGCAAGGGACAAUCUAAGAAUAAAGAAGAGAAUGAAAACAAAAUCGAAAAACAGCCAACACUGAAACGCACUACAACUAAAAUCAAAAGAGGAAAAGACGGUAAACUUGUUAAAGAAGUUAUAACUGAGACUAAUAAAAAUACUGACAAAGUUGAAACUGAAACUAAAGAUACGAAAGAAAACCCACAAAAUGAGAAAUUGAAUUCGGAUGAAAAUACUUCACGUGAAAACAAAAUUGAAAAUCAGUCAACACUGAAAAAAACUACAACUAAAACUAAAAGAGGAAAAGACGGAAAACUUGUUAAAGAAGUUAUUACUGAGACUACUCAAAACACUGAAAAAGUUGAAGCUGAAACUAAAGAUAUUAAAGAAAAUCCACAAAAUGAUAAAUUGAAUUCGGAUGAAAGUACUUCACGUGAAAACAAAAUCGAAAAACAGCCAACACUGAAACGCACUACAACUAAAACCAAAAGAGGAAAAGACGGUAAACUUGUGCAAGAAGUUAUAACUGAGACUAAUGAAAACACAGAAAAAGUUGUAACUGAAACUAAAGAUACGAAAGAAAACCCACAACAUGAGAAAUUUAAUUCGGACGAAAAUACUUUACGUGAAAACAAAAUUGAAAAUCAGUCAACACUGAAAAAAACUACAACUAAAACUAAAAGAGGAAAAGACGGCAAACUUGUUAAAAAAGUUAUAACUGAGACUUAUGAAAAUGGUAAAAAAGUUCAAACUGAAACUAAGGAUUCGAAAGAUAUUAAACAAAGUCCACAAAAUGAGAAAUAA